CGUGUUGUCUUCUGCCUCUGCAAAUGGCUCUGGAGUCUAAAAACUCCAAACUGGGACAGACGGCGCUCACUGGGAUGCAGAAGCUCCUGUGUGAGGACAGGUUUGUGGGCGGGGUUGGCGUGGAUGUCCUGGAGAAACAGCUGCUCAGCCAGAUGUUGGAGGCCAUCAGAAUCACUCCGUCUCUGAAUGAAGACCUGCAGGUGGAGGUCAUGAAGGUCCUGCUCUGCAUCACCUACUCACCAAACUUUGACAUUAACGGAGACUCCAUCCUGAGGAUCGCUGAG